AUCAAAAAUAAAAUAAGAUAUUUAUGGAAGGGAGUAUUUAAGUAUAUGGGGUAUUCAUUUACUUGGCUGCCAAUCUCGACUGCAUUUUUGCUUGGUUCCCAUGUCUAUAUUAAUUUACUUGGCUGCCAAUCCCAUUCCACGACUGCAUGUGCUUGGUUCCCGAGCCCAAAAUAUUCCAACUACAUAAUUAAUCACAUAUAUAUAGUUCUCACCUUCACCCUCAUAAUCUCAUCCUCAUUCAUUUAUUCCCAUCCGUCGACUAGAGGAUAAGAUAACCCCUGCAAGUUGACACUAACAAUGUCAGAAACCCAUGCCAUUUCCGAUUCCGAUCCUUACGCCAAGAUGGGCCUCAGGAAAAACUCCGAUGGCUCCAUCACACGCAUCGGCCCAAUAGUUCCUGACAUGCCGGCCUGCCCCGAUCCACCUCUCUCAGUUCCCAUCCUCACCAAGGACGUCCCUAUCAAUCCACAAAACAACACGUGGGCCCGUCUCUAUCUCCCCCGAUCCCAACUCCAAUCCUCCACCAAGCUUCCACUCAUACUCUUCUUCCACGGCGGAGGCUUCACCGUGGCCAGCGCAGCCUCAUCCUUCUUCCAGACCUUCUGCUCCGAGAUCACCCUCCACCUCCACGCGCUCAUGGUGUCGGUCGACUACCGCAACGCACCGGAGCACCGCCUCCCCGCAGCCUACGACGACUGCAUGGAGGCCCUGUUAUGGCUCAAAUCCGGCGACGAGUGGAUCACCGACCACGCCGACCUCUCCAACUGCUACAUCAUGGGCAACAGCGCGGGCGGGAACAUAGCGCUGCGCGUGGGGCUGCAGGCUUCGCGGCGCGUGGAGGAGGUGGCGCCGGUGAGGAUCCGAGGGCUGAUCCUGCACCAGCCGUUCUUUGGCGGGGUGGAGCGGACGGCGUCGGAGAUCCGGCUGGCGGAGAAUGAGAUAAUCCCGUUAUAUAUGACUGAUAUAGGUUGGGAUCUGGCGCUGCCGAUUGGGGCUAAUCGUGACCAUGAAUUCUCGAAUCCUGUUAAGGGAUUAAUGGAGGUGGAUAAGAUUGUGAGUGAGGGGUGGAGGAUUUUGGUGACUGGCUAUGAAGGUGAUCCCUUGAUUGAUCGCCAAAGGGAGUUGGUGAAAUUGUUGAGAGAGAAAGGUGUGAUGGUGGUGGAAGACUUUAGAGAGGGAGGCUAUCAUGGGACUGAGUUCUAUGACCAUUCCUUUGCUCUUGCCUUGUAUCCUGUUUUGAAGAGUUUCAUUCUUGAUGUUUGAACUUUUCUACA